ACAAAAGUUAGCUGUGAAAACGCAAAACGAUGGAAAAUCUUAAGAAUCAAGGAUGGGUUCUCUCCGAAUCUGGCCUGAAAUCGAUCGAAACGAGUGGCUCCUCAAAGAACUUAAUUAAAAUAUUAUUGGAUCGUGACUUGAGAGAUAUUGGUGCUGGAAUUAGUGAUCUUCAGAAAGGAAAAUUCGAAAGCAUUGACCACGAUUUAGCUGUUCUUCAAAUCAUGAAAGUUCGUAACAUUUCCGCUCCAAAAGCUAAUGAAGGAUCAAAAACUGCACCUAAGCUUUUAAAACUUCAAUUGACUGACGGAAUCAAUUCAUAUUCAGCUAUCGAAAUGGAAUCAACAGCUUUAUCAAUUGAAACAAAACCAGGCACAAAAAUUGCUCUUAAAGUUAAACAAAUGGAAAUGUCCAAUGGUCAAUUAUUGCUAACACCUAAAAAUAUUGAAAUUUUGGGUGGUAAUGUUGAAUCGCUUGUUUCAAAGUGGGAACUUUCAAGAUCUCUAGCUGGUAUGAAAGGCAGCAGAAGUGUAGCAGCAGGUGGACCACCUCCAUUCAUUCCAUUUGGUCAAAAGAUUCAACAACAAACACUUACGACUGAUCGAGGCUUUAAAAGUCUUCAGCAAAAUAAGCAGAAAGAGAAUGAAAACGAUGAUUCCGAAUUCAAGGCACAACGUCAAGAUGCAAUUGCAGAAGCGAGUAAAUCAGGAACUAAAAAGACUUUCGGUGGUGGAUCAAAAGUUCUUGUCGACUCAAAUGUUCAGAAAAUUAUGGACAAAGGCUAUACGGAAGAACAAGCAACGACUGCCUUAAAAUUCUCAAGAAACAACGUUGAGAAAGCUUUGAGUAAUCUUAAGAAACGUGAAGAUCAUCGUCAGCGCGCAUCUUCCAACGAUUACGAACCAAGAGAGUAUUCCAAAGAGAAACGAAGUGGAAAAGGCACAACUUCCGAACCAGCAGCAGCAAAGCCUUCAAAUUCUGUGUCAUUAUUUGAUUUUCUCGAGAAAAAAAUUCCAACAACACAGGAAUCAGGAAAACAUUCAUCGUCUUAUUCUCAUAAUGAAGAACGUUUCGAAAAUAACAUAUCAUCAAGUUUCCGUAAACAUGACAAAGACUUUUCCAAUAACAAAUCUCAACAUUGGUCGGGGGGAAAUCACGAGCAGAAAUCUAGUCAUAACAUGAAAAGCUCAAACAAUUAUAAUAAUAAUCCCAAGGAGUAUCAAGACUAUGGAAGAGAUUACAGAAACAAUCGAGAUUCGAGAGAUGCUAGAGAUUCUGGUGGUGACUCAAGAAGAGAUGGAAAGUAUCAGCAACAACAUUCAAAUAGCAAUUAUACUUCCAAAUCUAUCUCUUCCAAUAACAACAACAAUAAUCAGUAUCAAAAGUCAUCGAAUUCAAUGAAUGGCUCGCACAACGUUCAAAAUCAUUCAAAUACUGGAAAUAAAGGAAGUAAAUAUCAGAAACCAGAUUAUAAUAACAAAUCUGGAUCUGAUUACAACAACAGUAGUAGAUCUGAUUAUAAUAACAAAUCUGACUAUAACAACACGAAAUCUUCAAGCUAUAACAAGUCAAAUUCAGAUUAUAAGAAGGAUUACAACAACUAUUCGGCAUCAAGUUCCAAUCAUAACAACAGCAGCAACAAUAAUAAUAAUAGUUACAAUAAAUCUCGUGCUAACAAUUCAUCAUCAGCUCCUUCAAAAUAUCAAAAUGAUCAUCAUCAGCAUCAUCAUCAACAUCAUCAAUCAAAUGAUUAUCAAAAGUCAAACAGAAAUGUUGUUGAGUCAAUGGAGAAGAUGAAUUUGAAAGGAAAUCAACAGCAGUAUAAAGGAGCUGACAUUAAAUUGAGUGUAAGUAACUAUCCGCCAUUAGCACCGACAACUGAAGUUCCAAAAUCAACAAACAAUUACGUGACAAAGCCGGGUGGCUAUCCGAUUGUUGGAUUUCAAAAUAAAGAAGCUAAUGAGCAUGCAAAGAAUGCACUGAAGACUAAGAAUAUCCCAGGAGUUCAACUGCAACAACAGAAGCCACCAACAAAUUGGCAGCAACCUCAGCAACAAUCUUCAGCUCCACAACAUCCAAUGCCGGUUGCUGUUAUUCAACAACAGCAACAACCACCAACAAUUAAGCAACAGCAGCCACCGCCACCCUUUCCUAAUGUCGCUCAAUCAGCUCCGCCACCGGCUCCAAUGCACUCCUUGCCACAACCAUUUGUUCAGCAUCCUCAACAUCCUCCAGUUAUUCAUGCGAUGACAGGCACGACUGUCAUUACGAAUCCACCACCACCGGCUGUUUUUCAUCAGACAAUCAACUUUCCAGGUCCAUUAAUGAUGCAAAGUGUUCAGCCGCCACCUGGAAUGGCUCCACCACAAAUGAAUAAUUUGCAGCAGUUGAAGGCUGGUGACUUGUGUUUGGCAAAGUAUUGGGAGGAUGGUCAGUUCUACAACGCAAAAAUUACAAACGUCAGUGACUCCACAUAUGUCGUUCUAUUCACUGAAUAUGGAAAUGCUGAGGAAGUUCGCAAGAGCGAUUGUGUGCCAUUUAUUCCCGCAUGUCCAACGCCACCACAUACAGCAAAUUUUGUUCCAGCACCACAAAUAAAUGCUUCGUAUCGUAUCACGACGACAACACAAAAGAUGCAGCCACAUCCAAAUUAUCAUCAUCAACAAGCGCCGCCACCAAAUCCGACAAUGCAACAGUACAAGAAUGUACAAGUUAAGACUCAAAGGCGCAAUUAAACAGAAUCAUGUUCCGAUGGGUGAUAAAACGAAAGUAGAAAGUAUUUUUUUUUGUUUUCCUUCUUUUUUACUUUUUGAUAAGGAUAAAAAAUCUCAGAAGAAAGAAGAAGAAAACUUCAUUUCCUUUUAUUUAAUUAGAAUCUUUUAAUCGAGAAGAAAUCAAUUUUUUUUUGUUUCGUCAUAAACAAUAAAAAUUAAGAAAAAAAAAGUAUAAGAAGUUGUUUAAAUUUGUUUUCCUAGCUGAUCGCUAUAAAGUUGAUUUAUUUGCGAUGCUUAAUUUGUGAGAAACAUGAAAAAUAAAUAAAGUCGUUUGACUUACAAAAAAAUUAAA